AUGGUGCGCUUUGGUAUUGGAGGUCAGUCAAAGCCCGAGGAAGUUCGUGAUUUGAUUUUGGUGGCAGAAGCACAGCUUAAGGAUGAAGCUGGUGGUGUGCUUGGCGCUCGUGGGACUGCUAGUGGUAAUGGCAAGUCUGGUAAUGGUAAAGAGCAGCAUGGAAGUUCGGCGAAGAAGUGGAAAAAGAAGGAGCAGGACAGGUCGCAGAUUGAGUGCCAUCACUGCCAUCAAUUUGGGCACAUUAGGCGUUUUUGUCCUGAGCUGGAGUUGUGCAAGUUGAAAGUGGCAGGCAGUAGCAGAAGCAACACGGCCAGAACCAGCACAAGGCUGGAGGUGGAGGUGCAACGAAGCAGGGUCUCCAGUUGUGUCGGAGUCGGUGUUGGUGUAGCUGAACUAGUAACGAAGUCGGAAAAUGGCGAGCUGCAAAAGUUUACUUUGGAUCGAGUGCUGUAUGUUCCGAGCGCUCGAUGGAAUAUGUUUUCGGCAGGAAUUGCGAGAGACCAGGGUCUCACAGAGGUGCAGGAUCCGGUUUCGGGCGCGUACAACAUGUAUGAUGGUGAUAGGUUCCUGUUGGCUGCAACGCUGCAGCCGACCAACGUGUGGAGCUUCCGUAGUUACAACUCGUUUACGGAGGAUGGCUCUCGGCAGGCGACGCGCGCUGCUGAAGUCGUGAACUUCACAACGAUGGAUGGGCUAGCUCACAUUCGUGUUUGGCACAAAUGCUCAAUACCUAAGUCAAUGUCUGAUAAGAGCAUCGUUGACGGUAUGAUGCUGAAGGGACGAGAGUUACCCAUGUGUGAGACUUGUCAGUUAGCGAAGCAGAAGCGUAAGAAGCGCAUGAACUCGCUGGACCGUGGUAUUAGUGACCCUAACGAUGAGAUUUUCGUUGAAUUGAUGGACCCUGGCAAGCACAACAAGACACGAUUCAAUCAGGUACUCGUGGUUAUUGAUGGAUUCUCACGGUUGAUUCAUCGAGCAGAAGUUUCACCUUCAAUCAUUUCUCGUUUGGCCGAAGUGAACUCGGAUGCUGAAUCUGGCUCUGAAGAUAAAGAUAGUUACGCUGAAGAUGAUGCUGAUUCGCCGCAGAGGUCGACGGCGGUAUGGAGGCCGCUGCACCGACCUGGUCCGGGUGGAUUUCGUGUGCAUUUACGCUCUGCAGUGCCAAAGGCAAGUGAUAUUGCGGAUGGCGAGGAUGAAAGUGCCCAUGAUAGCGCUGACAGUGACGUUGACGGCGAUGUCGACGACGUGAGUAGUGCGUCUGAUGGCUCGGAAGCUGCAAAUGAUCCAGAUUCUAGCAGUACAAGUUCGAGUGAGCACACUGUGCAGAGCGAAUCAGACUCUGGAAGUGAUUCUGAGGUGCAGAGUGAUAAUGAUGAUGAUCCGAGUGCGAUUAUUGAGAGUGGUGGUGGUCAAAAUGAUGUUUAUGACGACCAUGAUAGCGAUGAUCACGAGAAUGAAGCCACGCCCAUUGAGAUUGAGACGUACGAACUGGCAGAAACAGAGGAGCAGCGUGUAGCUCACGAGACAGCUGAAUUGGAUCAGUUGUGUCUUUGGUGCCAGUGCCGGCGCAAAAUUCGAAGCGCAAGAAUCGUGGUCAAGAACUGGACAAGCGCAGUCGGCGCAAUGAUGAAGAUAAGAGACCUCUCUACGAUCCCCGUAAGCGAAAGCGGCCAAAAUACCUCGAUGGCUAUGUGGUUAACUCCACAUUGCUGUUUGUGA